CUCCUCGCUUGUCUUAUCUAUUUAAAGCCAGCUCAAAGUCCGAGGGAUGUCUUUCUCUGUUGGGAAUCUUGCACUCUCAAUCUGUGCUGAAAUCCCUCAGGAUCCAGCCAUGACUUCCUCCAAAGCGCCUCGCCCAAUCUUUUUGGAAGGAGAAAACUGCAAGCCUUUGUGGAAAGAGGCCACGGCAGGCUACAAUCUGACAGACACCCACUUGGAGAUCCUGGGGAAGCCAGUGAUGGAGCGGUGGGAGACCCCCUAUAUGCACUCCCUUGCUACUGUGGCAGCUUCAAAAGGAGGCCGCGUCCUAGAGGUGGGUUUCGGGAUGGCUAUCGCCGCCACCAAAAUCGAAGAGUUCGCCAUAGAGGAACACUGGAUCAUUGAGUGCAACGAAGGGGUUUUCCAGCGCCUGCAAGAAUGGGCCAAGAGGCAGCCUCACAAGGUCGUCCCCUUGAAGGGGUUGUGGGAGGAGGUCGUCCCUACUCUGCCCAAUGAACACUUUGAUGGAAUCCUCUAUGACACCUACCCGCUGUCCGUGGACACCUGGCACACGCACCAGUUUAACUUCAUCAAGGGGCACGCGUAUCGCCUUCUGAAACCAGGAGGGGUCCUUACCUACUGCAACCUGACGUCCUGGGGUGACCUCCUCAAGAGCAAGUACUCAGACAUCGAGAAGAUGUUUCAGGAGACCCAAGCGGGGCACCUGGUCGAGGCCGGCUUCAAGAAGGAGAACAUCCACACCUGUGUAAUGGACCUCGUCCCCCCGUCUGACUGCCGAUACUACUCUUUCCCCAAAAUGAUCACUCCUGCCCUCAUCAAGUAGUGCUCAGCCUCUCACCCGACGAGGAAGGGCGAGCUGAAGGCAGCAACAGCAGAGACUGUCUUUCUCCUACAGCUGAAAAGGGGAGGGGAGGUUUUCUUCUUUUUCUCAGCCUCUGGGGACGUGGACGUUAGCAUAAUGAUGGAGUCAUUUAGGAAAAAAGAACAUUGCAAGCUAUUCUGUGAUCAACCCCUUCCAACCAUCCCGUGUCAAUAUUGUUUCUGUGUCUCUCUCUCCGUCUCGCUGCCCAGGAUAUAGCUCAGGGGUAGAGCGGCUGCUUUGCAUGUAGAAGGUCCCAGGGUUAAUCUCUGGCAUCUCUAGGUAAGGCUGGGAAAGGUCUUUCUCUCUCUGAACCCUUGGACAGCUGCUGACAGUCUGGUAGAGCUAGAAUGGACCAGAGUAGCUAUAUGUGCUCCUGCCGUAACUAAGGCUCCCAACAGCUUCUGAAGCUACCUUUUCCCUAGUCAGGCUGCUGGUCCAUGUAUAGAGAUGUGAAGGUCCAGGAAAAAACCCAGAAAUCUUUUUUUUCCCCGAAGCCAUUUUUGGUUUUCUUCUAAAAAAUUGAAAAAAAAAUGAAGAAAAAAUGGAUUAUGGAAUGUUUUAUUUUGGCAUGAUGAAUAAAAUGUUUCAUUGAAUCUUGGUUCUCCCCUCUUUUCUCAGUUCUUUUUAUGGGAAUGGAUGUUUUCUGUCUGCUUGACACUAUGGAGGACCAGUGGAGACAUAAAUAAUGUUCUUUGUUGAUGGUUUCCUGUGUUUUUUUUAAAAAACUGGUUUUUGCCUGCUCCUCAUAAACUGGCAAAACUAAAGAGGCUCCUUACAGUUCAGGAUCUUGUAGAUCCAUUUGUUACAAAAAAAAGUAAACAUUUUAAGAAGUAAAUUCAAUUUGUAAUAAUUGUUUGAAUAAAAUGUACUUUUAAUAUACCAAAUGUGAUAAUUGUAUGCCAAACCAACUUGUACAUAAUUACAUUCGAUGUUCCUGAAGUAACAAAGUGACUUUCAAUCUGUAAAAAGUGCUUAUAUUGCAUAUUUUCAAUUUUUCCAAAAAAUGUCCUUUUUUUCCUGGAAAACUGGAAAAAAAAGUUUUUUUCCAUGGCUUCAAAAUUUCAGGAAAUUUUACAUCUCUAUCCAUGUAGCCUAGUAUUGCUUGGCAGUGGCUCACCACAAUCAUUGACAGAGGUCUUUUAUGUCAUUUUUUUUAACUGGAGCUGUUAGGGAUUGAACCUGGGACCUUCUGUGUCCAAACCAGAAGCUGUAUUCCCAGAGCUACAGGCCUUCCUCUUGACUUCUAAUGUUCAGCCCUAAUAGGGCCUGGGCUGUUGUAUUACACAGUUUCAAAAGGCACAGAAUUUGCAUGCUGAGAACCUCAACUUUUGCUUUAAUUAAAAAAAACCAAAGCUUUUGGCCCUCA